AUAGUCUCCGCUGAGUUCGCAGUAAGAACAUAUUCUCAACAUGAAGCUGAUCUCGAUGGCUCUGGCCCUGGUGGUGGCCCUGGCAUGCCUGGUGAGCUGGACCAGUGCCAUGCCUGAGCCUGACCCCGUGGCUGACCCUGAUCCUGGCUACCGACGUUAUGGUGGGUAUGGUGGAUAUGGUGGAUAUGGUGGAUACGGCUACGGAGGUGGAUAUGGAGGAUACGGGGGCUACGGAUACGGAGGAUACCACCGAAGCUAUUACGGAUAAGGAUAUCCUACUUACCACUCUUCACGAAAACAUCCGAAGCAACACUACAAAAUCUUCACUUCCUGUUUUUCUUCUCAAAUAAACUUCAUGAAUCAAUA